CGGGUGGGUUCGCGCAGCAGCCACGGAGGUUCCAGCUUGUCAGCGCGAGGUGCUGCAGGUGUUCGGGCGAGGUUGGAGGCCGCAGAGCAUCCAGCAAAUCCUGGAGGCUUCCUGACCCAAUCAGCUGAAAAGGAGGCCCUACCCGCCGUUCCGAUUGUUGGAUUAAUGAAAUGCUUUCCUAAACAAUAAGAGGCUGAAGAUGGCUAGACAGAAUUUAGUGGCUUUGGCAGUAACCACCCUUCUGGGUGUGGCCAUGGGGGGAUUCGUCCUAUGGAAAGGCAUCCAGCGCCGACGGAGUAAGACCAGUCGAGUGAUGCCACCGCCGCCGCCACCGCCGCUGCCGCAGCAGCAAGUGCCAAACAGGGAAUGGCCCCCUCCAGAAGACAGCCAGCUGUCCUCUGGUGUCCUGAGAGGGCCCAGAGCCUCAUGGGAGGAGAGGAUACUCCAGGCAAAGGUGGUGAUGGUGUCUCAGGAGACAGAGUGGGAUCAAAUCCAGCCGUUACUUAGAAGAGAGUUGGAAAAUUUUCCAGUACUUGGAAUUGACUGUGAAUGGGUGAAUUUGGAAGGCAAAGCUAGUCCUCUGUCACUCCUACAAAUGGCUUUGCCCAGUGGUUUUUGUGCCUUGCUUCGCUUGCCCAAGCUGAUCCGUGGAGGCAAAACACUACCAAGAACACUUUUGGACAUACUGGCAGAUGGCACCAUUUUGAAAGUAGGAGUGGGAUGCUCAGAAGAUGCCAGCAAGCUUCUGCAGGAUUAUGGCCUCAUUGUCCGGGGAUGUCUGGACCUCCGGUAUCUAGCCAUGGAGCAGGGAAACAAUUUACUCUGUAAUGGGCUUAGCCUGAAAUCACUUGCUGAGACUAUUUUGAACUUUCCACUUGACAAGUCCCUUCUCCUUCGUUGCAGCAACUGGGAUGCUGAGAAUCUUACAGAAGACCAGGUGACUUAUGCUGCCAGAGAUGCGCAGAUUUCAGUGGUUCUCUUUCUCCGUCUUCUUGGAUACCCUUUUUCUAGAAGUUCCUCUGAGGAGGAAAAUGACGACCACAUCAGCUGGAUAGCAGUCUUGGAAAGAUACCGAGAUAUGGUGGACAUCCCGUUCCGGAGCAAAGCACUUAGCAGAUUGGGUGAAGAGGUUAAUGGGGAAGCACUAGAAUCUCAGCAGAAGCCAAGAAAUAAGAAGUCUAAGUGUGAUGGACUGGUACCAGGCAACCACCAAGGGAGAGACCCCAGGAAGCAUAAAAGAAAGCCCCUGGGGGUGGGCUAUUCUGCCAGAAAAUCACCUCUCUAUGACAACUGCUUUCUCCAAGCUCCUGAUGGACAGCCCCUCUGCACUUGUGAUCGGAGGAAAGCUCAGUGGUACUUGGACAAAGGCAUUGGAGAACUGGUGAGUGAAGAACCUUUUGUGGUCAGGCUACAGUUCGAACCCGCGGGAAGACCUGAAUCCCCAGGAGAUUAUUACUUGAUGGUUAAGGAGAACCUAUGUGUUGUAUGUGGCAAGACAGAUACUUACAUUCGGAAAAACAUAAUUCCACAUGAGUACCGCAAGCACUUCCCAAUUGAGAUGAAAGACCACAACUCCCAUGAUGUGUUGCUGCUCUGCACCUCCUGCCAUGCCAUCUCUAACUACUAUGACAACCAUCUGAAGCAGCAGCUGGCCAAGGAGUUCCAGGCCCCUAUAGGCUCAGAAGAAGGUUUACGCCUGCUGGAAGAUAUGGAGCGCAGGCAGGUGCGGUCUGGGGCCAGGGCCCUGCUCAAUGCAGAGAGUCUGCCUGCCCAUCGGAAAGACGAGCUGCUACAUGCACUUAAAGAGUUUUAUAACACAGAUAUUGUUACAGAGGAGAUGCUUCAAGAGGCUGCCAGCCUGGAGACCAGGAUAUACAAUGAAAGCUAUGUUCCUCAUGGGCUGAAGGUGGUACAGCGUCACACCGAGGGUGGGCUUCGGUCCCUCAUGCAGCUGGAGAGCCGUUGGCGGCAGCACUUCCUAGACUCCAUGCAGCCCAAGCACCUGCCCCAGCAGUGGUCUGUGGACCACAACCAUCAGAAGCUGCUCCGCAAGUAUGGAGAUGACCUCCCCAUCAAGCUGUCAUGAUCACUGCUUCCUGCAGGUCAGGACAGAUGGGAAGCUGGAGUCAAGAUCAAAGUUACCUCCUGUUUUAAUGUCAUUUAUGGUCACAGCCCAGGUGACACUGCUCAGAAUGCUAACCUCUGCCAAUCCCCGGGUGCUUCUGAUGGAGCAAGGCUGUUUUAAGUGGAGCUUAUCAUUUUGAAUUUUAGCUGAGCAGUUAGUAUUCUCUUCUCCCUCCUCUCUUCUUUUUGUGAGCAAGAGACGCUUCGGCUUUUAUUUUUACUCUCCCUCUUUGCUUUUCCUGCUAAGAGGGAAAAUGAAGACUUCUCCCUGAUGAGGUGACUUGUCAGGUGCUCAGAAGAUGUUUGUAAUAUGCUUCUUUCCCCUCUGUUGCAUUGCUUUAUCUUUCCCGAGGACUAGCCGGGGUUUCAGUCUCAUCAGCUUAGAAGGGUGAAAAUAAUUCUUUCAGAGAUUGAGAAAGUGGCCAAGGCGUCAGAGUCAUAUUUCCAGUUCAACCUCAUGAUUUUAAUUUCUCUUGCUCUCUCAUAAUUCAUCUGGUUGGGGUCCAUCCCAACUGGGUUACUUGAGUUUAUUUUACAUACUUGAAAACGUUCCCCUUUAUGCACAUAGGACCAAAGCAGCAGCCUCCUGCCAUGUGCUUCUCCCCUAACACUGGGGAAGUCCUGUUCUGGAAAUAAGUUUUCAGCUGGGUGGGAUGGACAAGCACACACACCCUUUCCCAGGAGAGCUUUGAUACAUUGCUCAGCUUUUCCUCAGGCCUAUUGUCUGUUUAUUAAGCAUGUUACUUGACCAGAACUAUAUGAUUUUCAGUUUUAUCUGUUUCUGAGGAUUAUCUUCUCAGAAUCAGUGUCUGCUUCCUUCAGGGCUCUGUUUCAUUAGAUUUGCAAUACUGACCUCUCUUUAAGCACUUAAUUCACUCCCAGAGCCAUUUGGCCAGGUCACAGUGUGAGGACUUCACCCUCCCUGGAGCCUGGGACACUGAGAUUAACUAACCCAUUAAAGGUUUGAAAGAGUAAUGUUUCAUCUUUCAAAAUGUUGAACUACUACUUUGAGAAUGAAAGCAGUUUAUUAGCAAUUAGCAUUUUUUUCUAAACUGUUAGGAAAACUUUCUUAUUUUACAAGAUCUUAAGCUUGAAAAGAAUUUUAUGGCCAGAAUCCAACAAGAGUUCUAUUUUGGAAUUGUUCUCAAGUUGGUUAUAAUUGAUCUGACAUUGAUAAAUAAAGCUACUUCAAAGCACA